AUGGCGCAGAGCAGACUAGAUGAGUGGAAGUACUCUCGGCGUAGAAGGUCCCGGUACCACCACAGCGAGCACAGCCUGAGCCCAGUUGGCCAGCGAUGCCAGAACAGCCGCCUGGAGCCACUGGAGUGCCGGGAUCUGCUGGUACAGAACGCGCUCUUCACUGGGGACCUGGAGAUGGUGCAGAAGUACUUCACCAAGAGCGCAGCCAUCAAUCUCAUCAUUGAGAACAAGGGCGAUGAGCUGCGCUGGACUAGCAGGAAAUUUGGUGGAGGGUCCGGGUACUGUGUCAUGGGUGACAUCACGGGCAGAGAAGACAAGAGUCAGGAGCCCAUUUGCACGCGGAAGGCGGAUGGUCCUGCCCAGGUCUACUGGCAGGCCCUGCUGACUGGGGACCAGGGGGUCGUGGCCGAGAUCCUCAGCGACCCUCAGAACAACCUGAGUCCCAAUGCCGUAUUUGACACCAGUGACCUGGAAGAGUGGAAAAACUACCGCUUCAACUUCCGCCGGCUGACUGUCAACUUCGCACCAGGGGUUAAGACUGCCCUGCAUGAGGCUUGCGCAGCGGCCAGUACGGACUGUGUGCGACUGCUCCUCAGCUUUGGCGCUGACCCUGAGGCUGUCUCUGAGGAUGGCUACAAGCCCCUGCACCUCUGCAAGAGCCCCGACUCCCUCGAGUGCGUCCAGCAGCUGCUGCAGCAUGGCGCCAGCGUGAACAGUCGGACUGAGGAGGAAGACGACACAGCACUGCACGUAGCAGCACGCCAUGGCCUGACAGACCACGUCCAGCUGCUUCUGCGCUAUGGGGCAGAGCUGGAGGCAGAGAAUAAGGAGGGACAGACGCCCCUGAAUGCUGGCUGUGCUCAGCCCCAUCAGCCCCAGGACAUGGACCGCCACUACCGGGUCUGCCAGCUGCUGGUGGAGAGCGGUGCUAGCAUCAACGCUGCAGAUCGGGACCGCCAGCACCCACUUCACCUGGCCUGCAAGAAUGCCAAUGCUCAAAUAGUGGAGUUACUGCUGGCCCGGGGUGCAAAUGUCAACGUCAUGAACUACAGCGGCAACACGGCACUGCACAAUAUCUUGCAAGCAACUGCCUACAAGCUGGAGCACUGCCCGGAGCUCGUGGUGCAAGCCCUGCUCAACCACGGAGCCAUCCGCGUCUGGCCUGGCUCCCUGCUCAAGGUGCUGCGGUACUGCCAUACCUGCCCGCGGGUCAUCGAGGCCCUGAUGAACAGCUACGAUCACGUGCGUGUCUCCGAGGAGUGGGUGGAAGCGGUUCCGGUGGAGGUUGUACAGAAAUACCCACGUUUCUACCAGUCGCUUUUCUCCCUGGAGCAAAGACCUCGCUCCUUGCAGCACCUGGCUCGCUGCACGCUCAGGACUUUCCUGGAGGGCCGAUUGCUUCAGGUCCUGUCUCAGCUGCAGCUGCCUAGCGCCUUGCACCGUUUUCUGCUGCUCAGCUUUGAGGACGUUCUCUACUAA